CUAACAACGAUGGACCUGCACAGUUUGAGCUAUUAAACGUACUUUUAUUUUCAUGCACGCAGAUAUUACAAAUAAGUAAAUAAUCAGCGCAUUAACUUCCGCGUUUAUGUGCGCGUGAGGCUGCCGCUACUUCCGCAUCACGUGACUGGUCUCCUGUCUGGACUGUGCUUGCCUGAACAACACAGCCAUGCGAGCCCUUCCGGAUGAAUUAACGACGCUUCUGUCAGACCUGGAGGCUUUCCUCUGUGAUGGCCUGAAAGGUGAAAAUCUGAGCAAGAAGGCUAAAGAUAAGCGAGAAGCCUUCAUUAAACGGAUUAAAGACGUUAAAUUGGGCUUCCCUCAAGAUUUCAAGGAUAAAAGUGGAGAUGACACAGGUGACGACGAGGACGAGGUGGACAGCAGCAACAACGAUGGAGGCUCCCUGCAGUCUGAGCGCACAGACAGGGAAGAAGAGACGUCUGAGGGAUGCCAUCAGUCUCCACCAGUGGCGGCGCAAGACCUGCAGUCUGUCCUUAUGUCAGGAUACCUCGAGAAACGCAGGAAGGAUCACAGUUUUUUUGGUCAGGAGUGGCAGAAGAGAUGGUGCGCCCUAAGCUAUCGUACCUUCUACUAUUAUGGUCACGAGAAAGACAAGCAGCAGAAAGGUGAGUUCAGCAUCGAUGGCUACAAUGUCAAAACGAACAACGGCUUGCGCAAAGACUCCAAGAAGGAUUUUUGUUUUGAAAUAUCAGCUCCAGACAAGCGAGACUAUCAGUUCUGUGCGUCAUCAGCCAAAGAGGCAAAGGAGUGGGUGAAAUGCAUAGACCUUAUUUUAAAAGACAUGUCUGGUAUCAUCCAAGAAGAGGAGGAGGAAGAAUAUGAUGUGGAAAAGGAUGUGGAACAACUAAUGUAUGAUGAUGUUGGACUUGCACCUGAUACAGACAUCUAUGAGGUGCUGCCAGAUGCAAGUACAGACUACCUGAACUACUACCAAGGUUUAUGGGACUGUGUAGGGGACCACCCGGAUGAACUCUCCUUCAAGCGUGGAGACACCAUUUAUAUACUGAGCAAGGAAUACCAGAACUAUGGUUGGUGGGUUGGAGAGAAGAAUGGAAAUAUUGGAAUUGUGCCCAAAGACUACCUGCUGGAGCUCUAUGCUUUAUAAACUCAUUCUGUAAUGGUAAUAAGCGUUUGUUUUUGUUUUUUUUUUAAGUUUGCUCAGUACAAAAACAUGCUCAUUAAUAACCUGGCAUUCCCUCUCAUAUCCACCAUGUAUGGAAUUCAUGUUGAGAAUAACCUUGAUAAAUAAAAGUAGAGAAAUGAGCAAUUCUU